AUGAGCAAUGGUUCAAAAAACUAUAAUGCGCAGUUGACUGCAGCAGCAGCUUCAACAGCUCUUCACAAUCCUAGGGGAUAUAAUAACGAUGAAAACCAUAGAACAGUAAACUCUUUCCUUGGAAACCGUACUCUAACUUUCUCAAGUUCUACAAAAUCACCUCAGUAUGACUACUUACGAUCAAAGGCAAUGCACACGCCGUAUGUUCCAAGAACAAGUGGUAGCAAUUUGCGUAAUCCAAACCCGGUCUAUAAUCCCUCUUCUCCUGCUGCAAGUAGUUAUACACCCUCAAGUACUGGAAAAAGAUAUACUUUGACUUCCGCUUCUGCAAAGUAUCUCACAAAAUCUGAAAGACAGAGAAAUCCUUCUAGCUAUGCAAACGACUUUACUCCUUCUUUUUCCCUUCCUAUAGAGCGUCAACGUGCACCGUCUAUCACCAGCAACAUUUCGGAAACUCCUAGUACUAGAGAUUAUGAGGAUUCUCGAUUACAUACGAAGGCCCCUCAGUACGCUCGAGAAAUUUCUCAACGACCUAAUAAUGUCGGUCAAACAAUACAAGGAAGUACAACCUCAACGAAUCGUAUCCCUCUUUCAAGCCGAAACAGCCAUCUGGGCUCUCCUAUCCUUACAAACAACAUUAGAUCUAUUGUUUCAAGUAGCGCGCCCUCUUCACCAGCUGGUAAUCAAGCUUCUUAUUCAGUUUCAUCUCCUUUACAACGUUCUAGCACUGUAGGGCGCCCUUCACCAGGUUCGAUCCAAAAAUCAGCUAUGAAAAAACAUUCUCCAGUCGUUUCGGUUGACGGACAAUUACCCGAAUAUACGCCUAAGAAACGCGUAAGCAUUUACGAGGAUAAGGACAGUAAUAGGAUGGAUAACUCUUCAUCAGAAUCGCUUUAUCAGGACGUCAAUGAAGAAUUUGAAUCUAACCCAACUGAGUUGAGUGGAUCACCUGCUUUCUAUGUUCCAUCAACAAAACGUAUCUCUGUUAUACCAUCCAAUGUUCCUCGCAGUCCUUCUCACUCUGCCAAAUCUGACAAUACGCAGUUUAUAUCUUUAGAAGAUGCUGCGAAAAAAAGAGUUGAAGAAAUGCUUAGACAAAUGGACGGUAAUAAUCAAACCAAUAGUAUGAGUCAAAUGUCUAACAACGGUCUUCCAUUGGAAACUAUUCCAGAUGACAAUACGUCUUUUGUUUCAGAAAGCAGCUUCGAUCGCGAUGGCAACAGAGGCCGUGGUCGAAACCUGCUUGCUAAAUUAAAACCCAAAAGGUCUAGCUCAAAGGCAUCACGUGACUUGCCUUAUGGUCAUUACGGUGCUUCUUAUUCCUCUUUGGUAGGCAAUGGCAACGGCCGUUAUACACUGCGUGGGUCUAACGCGGGUAAUCAACAACGCGAACCUAUUUAUUCUCUUCGGCAAACAUCCCAACCUGAUAAUACGCACGAAAGAAGAUCUUACACUUUCAGUGGUACUAACCCUAUGGCGACGGAUGAUACAGCUUAUGAAAAUAGAUUUGUCAAUGAUAGUGACAGUAUGCUGGAUAAUCAACCUCCUCAAAAGCCCAAGAAAAAGGGAAAUAAGCUAAAAGCCUUUAAAAAGCUUUUUAAAAUCAGAUUUUGA